AUGAAGUUUACCGCUGCCAUCCUCGCCACCGCCUCUGCUGCUAACUCCGGCAUCGCUGGAGACCUCGUCGCAGCAGACUCUCACUUCUGGAGCAAUGCUGGUGCGAUUUCCCAAAAUGCUGACAGCAUCCUUAAAUCGCCCUGGUGGGAUGGCAAAUUCGACAAAGCGAUGGACGACGCCUUCCACAUGUGCACCACUGGCUCGCACGUCGAUCUCGACAUCAUCUGGGAGUGUGGCAAGAAAGUCACCGCCGCUACUUUUGACAAGAACCCCAGCUUCAACCUCAUGGGUCGAUACGCUGCCAGCCAGUUCCAUCAGCUCGAUCAAGAUGGCGAUGGACAAUUGAACUUUGACGAGUUCAAGCGCGGUUUCGCCGGAUUCUUCUCCACCGUCGGCUCCACCCUUGUCGAUAUCUACGAUGCUGACGGAAAUGGUCGACUUGAGGGUCAAGAAAACCACGAUAUGCACCUUGGCCUCAACAACAUCUGGGACGAGUUCUCUUCCGACAAGAACCGAGAGCUCAUCACCCCAAUCCUCGACACCUGGGUUGGAUCCGACUUGGACAAGAACGUCGAUACGCUUUCCAAGGCCGAGAUGACCGAGCAGGCCAUCCUCCACUCUGUCCCCUACUGGUAA